CGUGUGUGUGUGUGUGUGUGAAUGUGUGUGUGUUGGAGCAGCGAGCAGAGCCAGCAGCACAUUGGCUUGCAACAUGGCGUUGACUCGCCGAGGGACACGACGGCUCUUCCAACACGCGUUGUUAUUAUUGUUGUUGUUGGGACUAGCCCACUAGUUGGCGUGGGACCGGGAGGUCGCCUUCGGAGGUGGCAGGCAAACCUUUUUGUUUUAUUUUGCAAUUUUUACGGACUCCCCAAUCUCACACACCGGCGAGGAGACAAUAGCGGACUGACCGGCCAGAAAUGCCUCGCAUGUACUGUGACCGUGAGUGUGUGCGUAGACACGGACUGGAAGACCCACGCUGCUCCUAACCCACUGGAGGAACCCCCGCACUCCCCCCAAAAAAAGGCUGUACAUGGCGGUGAAGAGCGCCACUUGGAUCAUCUCUGCGCUUCUUCUCGUGUGUGCUUCAUCCAAGCAAGAUAAGCCUGUUUCCGUGGAGCUGAGCUGCGGGGCAGGACCCAGCCAUGUGGUGUUGGAGCCGGAGUCCCGCCUCACGCUGGACUGCAACCUGGGGGCCAGCGACACGCCGUUCAACAUCACCUGGUUACGCAAUGGCCAACCGCUUCCCCUGGAGGGGAGCGAUGCCCUGCAGUAUGUCGCCAACCGAUCCCUCCUCUUGCUGCCCGCCUCCAAGGAUGGGCCGCCUCCCUGGGGUGUGGAGGGGGGUUACAGCUGCGUAAGUGCCAGCGCACAUGGAGCCCUGAGCAGCCGGACUGUUAACGUUCUGCUGGCAAAGCUGUCCCCCUUCCAUCAAGAGCCCUUGCCUCACACGCUACACGCUGGGGGUACAGCCCGCUUCCAGUGCCGGAUCGAUGGCAUCCCCACACCUGUAAUUACGUGGAAAAAGGACAACGUCGCCCUCCCCGAGCACUCAAGGUUAAUUUCGCUUCCUAAUGGGGUGCUCCACAUUCUGGAGGUUGCCAAGGAAGAUGAAGGCGCCUACCGCUGUGUUGCAUCCAACUCUGCCGGGAGGAACGUCAGUCAUGAAUCCCUGCUCACUGUCACCACAGGCUCUGCAGAAGCCUUGAACACAGUUGUGAUCGUGGCACCGCCUCAGAAUGCCACGGUGGUGCUCGGCCGUCCCGCGGUGAUGGAGUGUAUGGCACAAGGCCAGCCCAAGCCGCUGGUGUCCUGGAGCAGACAAGACGGAAAGCCCAUUUCCACCGACGUGGUUGUCCUCGCCACAAACCUGGUGAUUCGGGACACGAGGCAGCACCAUGCGGGCGUCUACGUCUGCAGGGCCAACAAGCCCCGCACCAGAGAGUUUGUCACUGCUGCUGCUGAGCUGCAUGUGUCUGCCCCUCCGGUCAUUCUCCAACCCCCGGAGACGGUGUCCCUCUCCCGGGGAAACACCGCCCGGUUCGUGUGCAACAGCUCCGGCGAGCCCGCUCCGCUGCUCCACUGGCUGAAGGACGGCCAGCCCAUCCGGUCAUUCCGACGAGUCAAGACCCAAAACCCCGGAGUCCUGCUAAUCAACCAGCUGGCCCUGGAGGACGGGGGCUACUACCAGUGCAUUGCCGACAACGGCCUGGGGACCGCAUGCGCCACCGCCAAGCUCACGGUCAUUGUGAGAGAGGGUCUUCCCAGCCCUCCUCAGCACCUCUCCGUCACCCCGUACUCCAGUACCACUGCCCUGCUCGCGUGGGAGAAACCGGAGUACAACGCGGACCAAAUCAUUGGGUACUCUGUGCACUGCCAGCGUGCUGCAGGUUCUGAUAACGUGGAGUACCAGUUUGCGAUGAACAAUGACACCACAGAGUACCAUGUCAAAGAUCUUCUCCCCCACACUGCCUAUACAUUUUUUGUGGUGGCCUACUCACCCAUGGGAGCCAGUCGCCCGUCCCUGCCAAUCACGGUCAACAUGCUUGAGGACGUACCCAGUGCGCCACCUCAGCUGUCAAUAGCCAGCACAUCCCCGACAGACAUCAGGCUGAUGUGGCAUCCGCUGUCCUCACAGCACAGUCGGGGGGCUGUUACCCGCUAUCGCGUUGAGUACAGCUCUCUGGAUAAAGCGGACACUGUCUUUUCAGUGGAGGUGCCUGGUAACGAGACCCAGUUCACACUCAGAGAGUUGCAGCCCAACCAGGCGUACAGAUUGAGGAUAGCAGCUGGAACAGGUGUCGGCUUUGGCGUCCCAUCCGAGUGGGCUCAGCACCAAACACUGGCCCACUACAACCACACCAACCACCGCAUGGUGAUCUUUGCGCCCACUGAGCUGAAGGUCAGAGCCAGAGUGAACACGCUUAAUGUCACAUGGCAUCCCUCGCCAAAUCACACGGCCGUCUCUGGCUACAAGCUGUCCUGCCGAGAGGUGGAUGCUGAGCCGUCAGCCAACGCAAGGAAGGCAACACAGACUCACAUUGUUAGGCUUCGGAAGAAGGCCAGGUAUCAUCUCCUCACUGGGCUGGUCCCUGACCAGCAGUAUGAAGUGAGCGUUUGGGCAUUCAACAAGCAAACAGAUGGAUCAGCUGUGGUGUGGAAAGGAAGAACAGAAAAAGCUAAUAAAGCAUCGUCACUGCCCAUGCGGCCGCCUCCCUUACCCCCGAGCAGCAUUCAGGCCACGGCCAACGCGUCCACGUCCAUCCGUAUCCGUUGGGAGAAACCUCGCUUCAGCACGGUGCGCAUCAUAAACUACACGGUGCGCUGCAGUCCGGCCGGGACCACCAACGCCUCCCUGGUCACCUACUACACCAGUGCCGCUCAGGAGAUUCUGAUUGGCGCCUUGAAACCCUUCACCCGCUACGAGCUGGCAGUGCAGUCUAAUGGAGUGGAUGGGUUGGGACCCUUCAGCAGCACAGUGGAAGAGUCCACCCUGCCUGACCGGCCUUCCUCGCCUCCGGAUGAGCUGCAGUUGAGCGCGCUCGACUCAUCCUCAGUGCUAGUGAGCUGGCGCCCUCCGCUGGAGCCGAACGGUGUCAUCGCCAGCUACAGGAUCUUGUACAGCGGCAACCUCAGCCAACCUGAGGAUAUGUGGAAAAACCUCUCACAGGACGGGAGCAUCACCAGUGUUGUGGUGCGAGGCUUGUCCAGUGGCAGCCGUUACUUUUUCAAGUUGGGAGCGUCGACGGAGGUGGGGCCGGGGCCUUAUUCGCUUGUAAAGGACGUUCACGUUCCCCCUCACCAAUAUGAGUUGGACAUCCAUGCAGUGACGGGCAUCAUCGUGGGUGUGUGUCUGGGGCUUAUAUGCAUCCUCCUCUGCAUGUGUUUCAGUUUUCGCAACACUAAGACCAGGGGGCUAUCUGGCACCCUAGACUCCACUACUGCGACCCCCCAGUACAAAAGAGGGGGCUACCCCAGUGCUGCUAAUGUGCCAGAGUGCAGCGAUAGUCACGAGUUGGAAACGCUAAUGCCCUCCGCAGGCCAAGAAUGUAGUCAACCGUCAGCAGGAGCCCCAGAGGAGCAGAGCCUGAUGGCAUGUGCCAACUCCGAGGAUGGAGGAGAGGGUCUCGCACCUGAAACCAAGGCUGCUUGGAACGGCUCUGUGAGUCAUAACUGGGCCAACAGAAUCACUCGAUAUCGCGACACCGUCACUGAAGACUCCCCAGGAUUCAUCGCUGGAGGUCUCCACGUAACUAACGAUAAUGUGAUGGACGGUCCAUCCAUGAGCAGUAACCAGGUGGAGGCGGAGGUCAUCGUCCACUCAGGGCUGUCAGAUCCAGACAGCGUCCAGACCAAGGAGAUCUGUGGACAUAGGAAGGACUCCAAAGCCACCUGUGGACCUUCAUUAGCAGAGGACAGAUUUCUGCCUCUGGGCCUGCCAGUAGAGGGGACGUGUCCACCUGAGAAACACUCGCUGGCUCAAAGCCUGCAGAGUCUUCCCUCUACUUAUUUGGCAGCGAACCACAACGGGGAGCCGGAAGACGGCGGGACAGAGGCGGGUCACGCUGAGCCAAAGCACACCCCGGGGCUAACCAAUGGCUUCCACUCCCCGAAGACGCUGCGACCUGUGACGAGGUCCGGGGAAAACGGGGACGUGAGACACUGUCCUUCUGCCCAUGCAAAGACCAUCUCUGGGGGUCUUUCUUCUGCCCCCUUUGUCAGUUCUGGCCUGGUCCACUCUACCUCAGUAGCACACACGUACUUAUGUCCCUAGUCUCUGCAUGUGGGACACGCUCUUACCCAGGAUGAAUGUUUGGACGCACCUCAUCAACGGAUCCUUUUCUUUUGUACCGCUUCUUUCAUACACGAUACAGGAUAUUUUUAGAGGUAGUGUUUUUUGGGGUAUGCAUAACAACCAUACAUUCCUCCAGGCUGUGAAAGGCCACCUCUCAACGCUCGCCCACUCGUCGUCUAUGCUUGACAGUGGCGCUGAGGAAGUGUCUCUCCAGCCUCAUGCUGUCUCAGGGUCACGAUACUGGAAUGUGCCAUUCUAUGCCAUCUUGAACACACUUCUUGUAAAUCUGCAGGUUAGUAUUUCAAAUGCACAACAGGAAACCAUCUUUUUGUGUUGCAAGGGAGGAUUUGGGCCACGUCAAAAGGAAAAAAAAAAAAAAAAACCACAGGAAAAAAGUCAUAAUAUUACGAGAAAAAUAAUCAAAGAAAUGUUUACCUCACUGAAAAAAAGUAAUCUUAAGAAGGUAUGACAAAAUUCCCAAAAGGCAGAAUUUUUUUUUUUUUUUUUAGAUGGUACAAUUACGUGAAAGUUGUAAAGUUACGAAAGUAAAAUCGUGAGAUGAGGUAAUUUUAAUAAGUAAAAAAUGUGAAAACCCCACACAAUUAUCAUUCAAUAUUGGUUAAUUUGACCUACACACUUACUGUAUGGUCAUAAAGCUACGACUUUAUCACGCACACUUCCGAUUUUUUUUAAAUUAUCAUCAGAUUACAACUAAGUACAUUUUUCCUUAAAAAAAACAACAACUAUCCAUCCAUCUUUUAUUGCUUGACCCUUUCGGUCAGCUGCACUGGGGCGGAAGACGGGAUACACCCUGGACAAGUCUCCAGUUCAUCGCGAGGAAAAAAAGAGGAGUCUCUUAGUAUUUUUUUUGCCAAUUUUUUCUCAAAACAUUACUCAUUUAUUUUUGUAAGAUUACAACUUUUUUUGGUUAAAAAAAACUAUGUCUUUCUUGUACGGCUUUCUACAGGCAGCAGUUAUUUUUGUCUGAUAAAUACGACUUUAUUCUCACGAGAUUAUGUGUUAAUUUGCGUUGGAAAUUUUUUUUACUUUUUCUUGAAAUAUUUUUUGGCAGACAAUGAUUUUAUUUUUUAACUUACAUUAUAACUUAAUUAUGGUAAAAGUACAAAUUUUAGAGAGAAAAUUUGACUUUAUUGUCGUAAGGUUACAUCAGUUACCAGCUCCAUUACUUUUUCUCAUAACAUUAUCAUGACUGUAUUCUCCGAAGAUUCCAAAGUAUUUUUUUUUUUAAUUGAUAUUAUAACUUAAUUCUUGUAAGAUUACAGUUUUAACAGAGGAAAUGUGACUAUUAUCUUAAGGUUAUUUUCGCAAAAAAAUGAUUCAUUUCAACCAACAAUACAAUAUGCGUGCAGGAACUGCAACAAAGCAUGUCGGUCAAGAAUUGGCUUACAUAGUCACAACAGGCGUUGCACAGGAAUUGACAUUUGAGCGCAAAACUCUAUUGUCUCUCGAGACAAACAGAUGCCAGUAACAUCUCGAAAAAUCUUUUCUCGUAAUAUCUCCUAAUAGUGCACCUUUUUUCCCUCAACAUUAUCAUAACUUAAUCACCGGAAAAUUCCGAAUUUUUUUAGUGACAUAAGUUAUAAGUUUAGGUUUUUUUUACAGAGAAAAUGCGACUAUUGUCGUAAGGUUACGUCUGGAAAAAUCUUUUCUCGUAAUAUCUUGUAAUAGUGCACCUUUUUUUCCUCAACAUUAUCAUAACCUAAUUAUCGGAAGAUUCAAAAGUUGUUGUUUUUAUCAGAAUAUGACCUUAUUCUUGUAACGUUAAGUCAAUGUUGGAAAACUUUUUUUUGUAAGGCUACGUCACAAAUACAACUUUGUUCCCGUAAGAGUACAAUUCUGUUCACGUAAGAUUAUGACUUUAUUCAUGUGCAGUUAUAUCACGUGUCUCUCUAACUAGUACUACUUUAUUCUUGCAAUAUUACAACUUUUUUUCUCGGCACGUCAAAAUAAAAAUUGUACAAAAAAGACUAUUUUAUUCUCUUAAGAUUAUGACAGUUUUUUCUUGAGAAAAUACAACUUUUUGCUUGUAAUAUUACUGCUUUUUUUUCCUACGCUACGUCAUUAUGUGAAGAAAGUGAUGAGACAUGACACCCACACACGUGCAGACGGGUCACAAUAAGGGAUGCACCAGUGAUUCUAUACUCAACUCAGUUUGUGUCUUCAUAAAUCUGCUCUUAAAAAAUACUUAUGUGAUACAAGAAAUAAUCGGUAAUAUCGGUAUACAAAGUGGUCACUGAUGCAUUCCGACUCCUUGUCAACGACACUACCUCGUUUCUUUAUCAGGUUUUCAAUAGCCUGCUUCAAUGUAGCUAGCACCUUUUUAAACAUUAUUGAGUGUUUCUGAUUUUAAUGAAGAAAAAUGUUUUUGUUUUGACUAGACGAUUGUUUUAUGGCAUUUUUGGUACAAAAUUGGUGAAAUUACCUACAGCCAUGUUUUCUGCACCGGUAUUUCCUACGC